ACCACCGUUGCCGUUCAGCUCUUCUCUGACUUGCUACGCUCUGUCCAGGAUCCGACCGCAUCACCAUGACUUCGCUUAGCACCGCCAACAACCACUUUGGCCUUGACCUCUUGAACGAGCUGAAGAAGAAUCAUGGGAAACAAAAUAUCUUCUUGUCGCCCUUCAGCAUCUCCACGGUCUCGGGGAUGCUGUACCUGGGUGCGAGAGGCAACAGUGCAGCUCAGAUCGAAAAGGCCCUGCACUUCGAUGAGGCCAUCAGAGGGGCCAGGUCAGAAGCAUCCAAAGAGGGUCCCUAUGACAAACAAGGGGGAAUCCACGGCCAAUUCCAAAAGCUGUUAAAGGAAGUUAACAAAUCUGGCCAGGAUUAUGCUCUGAACAUCGCCAACAAGAUGUAUGGAGAAAAGACGGAAUCAUUCCUUGAGGAGUACAUAAACACAACUAAAAAACUGUACCAAGCAGGUCUGGAACCUGUGGAUUUUAUCAAUGAUGUCGAAGGAAGCCGUAAGGAGAUCAAUUCAUGGGUUGAAAAGCAAACCCAGGAAAAAAUCAAGGACCUGUUUCCCUCAGGCUCUCUUAAUCAAAAUUCCAAGCUGGUGUUAGUGAAUGCCAUCUAUUUCAAAGGAAAGUGGAACAGGGAAUUUCCAAAGGCGAAUACUCACAAGGAAGCUUUUAGCGUGGACCAGAAUACAAGCAAGCAGGUGCAGAUGAUGCAAUUGCAGGAAUUCUUCAACUGGGCUUCCAUCGAGGAAGUGCAGGCAGAAAUCCUGGAGAUCCCCUACAAGAACAAGGAGCUGAGUAUGAUUGUGCUCCUGCCACGAGAGAUCAAUGGCCUAGAGAAGCUCGAGCAAGGACUCAGCCCCGAGAAGCUGAAGGCCUGGACCAGCUCGUCCUAUUUGAGGAGGACAGAAGUGGACCUGCUCUUCCCCCGGCUCCAGAUGAGGGAGAAGUACAACCUCAAGAGCACCCUGCAAGCCAUGGGGGUGACAGACGUGUUCAACGAAGGCACGGCGGACCUCAGCGGCAUGGCGGCCAGGAAGCCUCUGUCUGUGUCUCAGUUUCUCCACCAGUCCUUCGUGGAGGUGAACGAAGAAGGCACGGAGGCAGCAGCGGCCACUGGGGUGGUCGUCUCGACCUUGUCAGCUUCCAUCCCGCGGCGCUUUCACUGCGACCACCCAUUCAUCUUCUUCAUCCGGCACAACGCCACUGGUAGCAUCCUCUUCCUGGGCAGGGUGGUGUCGCCCUAGGACCGGCGCCAGCCCUCAGUGCCCCGGACCUGGGCCCGGUCCCGGCACUCCGCUGCUUCAUGGCCCAGCUGGCUUUCUUCCAUCGCUUCCUGUCCUCUUCCUGUCUACCCUCGCACUGGCAGUUGGGAAACUCUUUCUUUCACGAGAACCGCCCCUUGGAAUCGAAGCCAGAGGGUGUGUUUGAGCAUUUGGUAAAUUCAGCACCAAAUCCUCCCACCUUUCUGGGACAUGCUCUUUGUGAUUCAAACCGGACCGGGCUGAGUUCUUUCGGGAGUUUCACCGGGCUCACUCCUUCCUUCCACUUCAUUUCACAAACACUGGGUCGGGCUCCUUUUGAAACAGUCCAGCAUCGUUAGCUUAACUGCCUCUGUCAAUAAAGCAAGCAUCAUCAUCAUCAUCA